AUGACCGACGUAAAGAUGGACGAAGCUCAUCUCCCCUCCGAGCUACUCGUCUUAGCCCACAAACUCCUCAUCGCAGCUCAGGGCGCACCAGCAACCGAGAUUCAGAAACUCAUCGACGCUGGUGCUCCGACAUGGUAUCAGGAUGAUUCGCUAGGAUGGUCAGCCCUACACUAUGCAGCGGAGAGAAGGGAGCCUCAAAUAUUGGAGAUAUUGCUCAAGGGAGGUGCAGUCUGGAACUCGGUUGAUCAGUGGGGGAGGACGGCUGGUGAAAUUUGUAUUAGUUUGGGGGAUGAGGAAGGUUGGGAGAUCAUAAGAAAUGAAGGGAUUAGAUCUGAAAUGUUACAUCACGCAUUGGCUGGACCUUCUUCCCCUCAAUCAGACUCUUCGACCAACAUGAAAUUGAAAGUCGAAGAUAACACUUCGGCAGGGGACAAUUUGACUUUUCUGAAAAGUGAAUUGACAUGGGAUAUAGGUAAAGAUGGGAAAGAAAGAGUGUUGGAUGCUGAUGGGAAUGGAGUAAUGAUGGGAUGGGAAGAACCUCUAAUGGUCGAACAUGUCAGAUUGAUGACUCGUGAUCAUCCGAAUGCUCAGCCGGGUACGGAGGGAAUGACGAUCAUGAACGUAGGAUUCGGUUUAGGAAUAGUCGACCGCUUAUUCCAAUCCACCCAAUCUCCCUCUCAUCCUAAACCGCUCAAUCACACUAUCAUAGAAGCCCAUCCUCAAGUAUUACAAUAUAUCAAAGAUAAGGGAGUAGACAAGUUACCUGGUGUGAGGAUACUCGAAGGUCGAUGGCAGGAUUUCUUAUUGGAUCCUGAGAGGUUAGGUGAAGUGCUGGAAAGUACGCCUGGUGGAAUGGGGUAUGAUGCGAUCUUCGUGGACACCUUUGCUGAAGGCUACGAAGAUCUGAAAGCCUUCUUCGAGGUUCUACCUGACAUACUGGAACCCGAAAAUGGUAUAUUCUCUUUCUGGAAUGGACUUGGUGCGACAAACGCAACGAUAUACGCUGUCUCCUCAUCACUCGCCGAAUUGCAUUUGGAAGACGUAGGUCUAGAUACCACAUGGCAUGACGUACUCAUACCUGAAAGUCUGAGGGAGGAAGUUUGGAAAGGUGUGAAAAGGAGGUAUUGGGAACUACCGGGGUACAGGUUGCCUAUAGCUAAGAUGAAGUUUAUGUAG